UGAGGCAUUUUUAGCCUCGAGCAGGUGGGCACAAGGACUCACUUUAUCAGAGUGAGUAGGAGAGUGGACAAAAUGAAAGAAAGGAGGCCCAGGGAUUCUGGAUGUAGGAGUAAGUGAGAGCUGGCAGGGCCUCAGAGGAAUCCUGCGGACCCUGCAUCUUUCUCAGCCUCCUCCACUACUGUAACUACUAGUGUAUCCUGUACUGUACUGUAACCUGCCACCUUAACCACUGUUGCUGCCAAGGUAGCGAUAGCUGCCAUUGGUCAGGAUACGCAAACGCAGAGCAGGAGUUGGUCACCAAGAUCCGGCCUGCUGUGUUUAGGCCAGAGGUCCUCAUGGCGAGUAAGCGGAAUUGUGUAAAGGUCUAUGUGCUGAAAGAAGAUCAACAAUGGGGCCAGCUGGGCAUGGGACAAAUCUCCUCAAGUUACAUAGAGCGCCUCCAAAGCGUGUGUCUGCUUGUUCGGUCAGAGUCUGAUGGCUCACUGAUUUUACAGUCCAAGAUACACCCAAACGUGCCCUAUCAGAAACAACAGGGUGUGUUAAUUGUUUGGUCUGAAGAUGAGAACCAUGGUGUGGCACUAAGUUUCCAGGAUCCAGCAGGCUGUCGAGAGAUCUGGGAAGACAUAUGCCAAGUCCAAGGUAAAGACCCAACUGUUGAAAUCACACAAGAUCUUUUGGAUGGACCAGACCAAUUUGAUGAAAUGCCAUCAACCAGUAGUCUGGUUGAGCUGCCGAACUGUGAACUCCAUACACUUGAAGAAAUAGCUGAUCUGUUUACUUCUGUCCUUGCUUCACCUAUACGUAAAGAAAGGUUGGCACUGAUCUUGGAAAAUGAAGAUUAUAUUAAAAAACUACUGCAAAUAUUUCACAUUUGUGAGAACCUAAAGAACAUUGAAGGCUUACAUAACUUGCACAAAAUUAUUAAAGGCAUCUUAUUCCUCAACAAAACUCCUCUGUUUGAGAUCAUGUUUUCUGAUGAGUGUAUCAUGGAUGUGGUGGGAUGCCUUGAAUAUGACCCUGCCUUGACUCAGCCAAAAAGGUAUAGGGAAUUCUUGACCCAAAAUGUAAAGUUCAAGGAAGUUAUGCCAAUAAAAGACUCUAAACUUAGGCAAAAAAUACAUCAGACCUACAGAGUGCAGUACAUUCAUGAUAUUCUUUUUCCUAUACCAUCCAUAUUUGAAGAGAAUCUUCUCUCUACUCUUACAACUUUUAUUUUCUUCAACAAGGUUGAGAUAGUCAGCAUGCUGCUGGAAGAUGAUGUGUUUUUGUUUGAAGUUCUUGCACAGUUAAGGGAUAAGACUACAGAUGAAAAUAAACGACGUGAAUUAUUAUUUUUUUUCAAGGAAUUCUGUGGGUUUUCCCAGACACUGCAGCCUCAAAGCAAGGAUGCUUUAUUCACAACAUUGUUACAACUGGGAAUUCUUUCUGCUCUUAAAAUUUUAAUGAGCAUGGAUGAUUUCCAAGUAAAGAUAACAGCUACAGAUAUUUUUGCUUAUCUGGUAGAGUAUAGUCCAUCUAUGAUCCGAAUAUUUGUAAUGGAGGAAGCUCAGGAUGGUGAAGAUGAUGAACUUUUUAUUAAUGUAGUAAUUGAACAAAUGAUCAGUGAUACUGAUCCUGAACUUGGAGGUGCCAUUAAUUUGAUGGGACUUCUUCGUUCUCUACUUGAUGUGGACAACAUGCUGCUAGUACCCAAUGAAUGUGAAAAAAGUGAAUUUCUAAAUUUCUUCUAUAGACGUUGCAUGCAUAAUUUGAUAGCACCAAUUUUGUCUACCACUUCAGAAGACAGAGAUGAAGAGGAUUAUUUAUUUGGACCUGACAAAAACAAAAAUUGUCUCAAUAAUUAUCAAACAGUACAGCUGCUUAGUUUAAUUAUAGAACUACUCACAUUUUGUGUACAACAUCACACAUAUCACAUUAAAAACUACAUAUUGAGCAAAGACUUGCUAAGAAGAGUCUUGAUGUUGAUGAAUUCAAAGCACACGUUCCUGAUCUUAUCUGCUGUUCGUUUUAUGAGAAGGAUGAUUGGUCUUAAAGAUGAACUUUAUAAUCGUUACAUCAUCAAGGGAAAUCUUUUUGAUCCAGUUGUAAAUGCAUUUCUGAUUAAUGGAACUCGGUACAAUAUGCUAAAUUCGGCUAUUAUUGAGCUAUUUGAAUAUAUACGAGUGGAAAAUAUCAAGUCUCUUGUUGCACAUAUAGUUGAAAAGUUUUACAAGGCUUUUGAAUUGAUUGAAUAUGUUCAGACAUUCAAAGGAUUGAAGAUUAAAUAUGAACAAGAGAAAGACAGACAAAAUCAAAUAAGGAAGAAUUUACAUUCUAUACUAUAUAUUAAAAUUUUUUGCAGAGAUGCCAAUGGCAUGGAGGAGGUGAAGGCUGAUAUGUAUUUUAAGGAAAAUACCACAGAUGUACUUAUGCCACCAAUGGAAAAUGAAUUUCCAGAUCAUUAUGAUACAUCUAUAGAUACUAAAAUACCAAAAGAAAAUGGAGAAAAGGUAGACCUUCUCAAAAGAACAUCUUCCAGUGAAUUCAGAAUUUCUUCAUCUAGCUCUCCUGAUUCUGAGGAUGAAAUGAGUACACCAUCCAGUAGCAGUUUGGUUGGUUUAGUGGAUUAUCCAGAUGAUGAUAAUGAAGAAGAAGAUAAGGAAGAAGAUAAAGCAUCCCCCAGAAAGAGACCUCAUCUUGACUUAUAAAACAAUUAUGGGAGACCCUCAACAUAUGCUUCAACUAAAAUUCUAUCAAUGUCAAUAAACUAAAAAGUCAAUCCCAAAGACUUUCUCAGAUGAACUUUUAAAUAUACAACAAGUAACAAAAAUUAUGAAGAAAGGAAUUAAUUCCAUAAAAAGAAAACUUCCCAUAAUAUAUACAUACAAUGAAAUAAUAAUCAGCACCUGAGUGAUGACUUACUACAACUUGUUUAUUUUUCUUUGGUUUAGGGGAUAGUUUGGGAGGAGGAAAUAGGUUGAUGAAAUAUUGUCAACAUAGUUAUCACCCAGGAACACAUAUUAGAAACAACUGUAAUAGUUCCAUUGCAAAACCUACAAUAUUAUUUGCAGAAAGGUUCUGGCCAUGUUUUUCUUUACUCUGGCUGCAUUUUUUAAAAGAAGUUUGUUUAUAUGGUAAACAAAGUCAACUGUAAAUAUUUAUAGGCUCCUCCUGUGAAGAUUUAAAAAUAAUUCAGCCUUAUCAAUAAUUGGGGGGAA